AUGAGUAAAUAUUCGAGAGUUUCUAAUUCAGAAGAUGUUCAAGAAGUUGAACUUCAAGUACCUUCUUAUGAGGAAGCAACAAGUAUUGUUAAUAAUAACGGUAGUUUAGGAGAAUUUUCUAUAUUAAACAAGAUAAAGAGAAAACCCAACAACAACAACAAUAGUGGUGGUGGUGGUGCACCACAUUCCACUGAUGGUGUAUUUUCAAAUUUAUCAGCUAAGCCUGAAACAGAAGCUGAAAAAGAAGAAGAAAAUCCACCUCCAUAUGAAGCAGCAGCAGCUGAUGCAACACCACCUUAUUGGGAAACAACCAUUAUUGCACCAGGAUUAAUGGGAGAUGAAGUUCUUGUUGAAGGAUUACCAGUAGGAAAUUUUUUUAGUUUUGUUUGGAAUAUGCUUGUAUCAAUGAGUUUUCAAUUUGUUGGAUUUCUGUUAACUUAUCUUUUACAUACAAGUCAUGCAGCAAAGGCUGGUUUAGGUAUUACAUUGGUGCAGUAUGGUUUCUACCUUCGUGGUAAAUCAUUACAAGAUGCUGAAUAUUAUAAUUAUAGUGAUGAUGAUAGUGAUAAAGAUGGUUUAGCAAAAAAUGAAUGGUUAAGUUAUAUUCUAAUGUCUUUAGGAUGGUUUAUUGUAAUCAGAAGUGUUACAAAUUAUGUUAGAGUUAAAAGAGUGGAAACAAUUAUGAGAACCACACCAGAAGAAAAUGUGUAA